AUGAUUUGCUUUCCAGAACCUUGGGCGGUACGAUCAACUUGGUAUUUGGGCUACCUAGCUCAACUCGAUGUUGACACUGCCACGAAAUCAUGCUUUGUUCGAAGUCUCCGUGCUAUUUUUGACCUUGAAAACCUUGAGAUAGAUCCAGUUUACUUUCAAAACUUCAAAACCAAGCAUCCUAUACCUACACAACUGAUCCACUGCAACCUCCUCAGACCUAAAGCCACUCUACUCGAAGAACCUUUGCGGAACAUCCUGCGCCCACCGCUCGAUAUGUGUGACCAACCGUCCGUUGCAUUCUAUUGCACGCAAUGCGGUAAGCCAUACGCCUCAGUCUUCCUUCCCGGCAAGUUUGAGCGCUGUCAAAACCCCGAGCCUUGCAAGAAGAUUAUUGAGCUCGAUGGAGGCAGCGUUGUUAGGGGCGUUUGCGAAGACUGCACCCGCCAUCUUGUUGUUAUUCGCGCACUCGCUUUGGCUGAGUCUGAGCGUUUGAGAAAUCAGCGUUCUCAUAUAGAAUUAGACACGGGUCUUCGAGAUUUAAGCAUACAUCUUUUCCAACGGAAAACAGUUGCGUGUAUGCAUCGGAGUGUUACUUCACGUGUGCCUACUCUCCCUCAUCCUACUCCACCUGAGAUCCAGUGGAUUGGACAGCAGGCUGACUUACUGCAAUUGCACCCAAAACUGCAGCCAAGAGUUGCUUGUACUCUCCUCUCGGAUCACCAGAUAUUUCUAGGCUCUCCUCUAUUGUCACUAGUGUCCCUCGUCUAG